GAGUGUGCGGUGGGUGCUCGGUGACACCGGUGAGUGUGCGGUGACUCCGCCGCAGCGAUGGAGCCCCGGUGCCCGGCCUGGCUGCAGCUCUGUCCCCCGCCGUGCCGCCUCCUGCUCCAGGCGCUGUGCUCCGGCCCCGCCGGGGCGAUGGCCGCGCUGCGGGUGCUGCGGCGGGGCCAGCCCCGCCAGGGCCCGGGGCACGCGUUCCCCUGGCAGGCUCUCACCGCUGCCCUGUGCGCCGAGGAGCCCUCGCUGGAGGGGCCGAAGGACGCCCUGGCUGUCAAGCCACGGCUGCUGCUGCUGCCCGUUUUGUGCCAGAGAAACUUCUUCUCCCUGCUCCUCGUGGUGCAGGAUGCGGUGCCGGGGGACUGCCUUGAGCGACUGCUGCAGGCCUUGGAGCAAGAUUCCCCUGUGGAUCCCUGGGUGCAGGCACUGGGGGAUCUGCUCCGGCAGGGACCAAGGGCACAGCAGGGCUCCCCACGUCCCACUGCCCUGUCUUCCGUGUGCCAGCAGCAGCUUAGGGGCCUGUGCCAGAAAAUUGCCCAGAAGAAACCAGAGGGGCAAAGAAAAUUGAGCUGGUGCUUCAGCAGGCAGCCUGAUGCCCCUGACUCUCAAGGUGGGAAGCGCAAGAAGGCGUCAGAGGAGAGCCUGGAGUUGGACAGUGAGAGAGAGGGGAAGAGGUUGUUGCUGGAGGAGGUGGCAUUUGAGCCCCUGGGGCCUCAGGAGUGUGGAGAUGUGGCAGGGGUGGAAGAGGAGGUGCCCGAGGAGCCUUCAGAAAUCACAUCUGCUCAGAGAACAGAUGAGGCUGCUCCACACAGCUCCCAGCAGGAAGCAGUUGGGGAGCUCAGGAAGAUUUCCCAGGCAGAGCUGGCAGCGGAGGUCCAGUCCUUUGUCCAGGUGCACGGACAGAGGCUGAAAAUGCUGCUGCUGCAGGAGUCCAGUGACGGUGUUUCCCUGCGCACCCCACCCGAGCUGAGCAUCCUGAGCAGCUGCUCCCCCAGCCAGCUCGAGGGGCUGUGCUCCUUCCUCCAGCUCUCCACGUGCCCGGAGCCCUCCCUGGUGCGUUUCUGCAGCUGGCUGCUGGCUCUGACCCCCGACCUGAGCUACACCAGCGCAGCCGUCCUGGCGGAGCAGCUCUUCCUCAGGCGAGUGCUGUCCCUCGCCCAGCCGCCGUCCCGACACCUCAUGGCUGCCCUCACUUCGUUUUGCUCCAAGUAUUCCCAUCCCUUCUGCCGUGUGCUGGUGGCUGCGCUGCUGCAGGAGCCAGGGGAAGGUGCCGAGCAGACCAAGCUGAUGUGUGAGCUGGUGGAGGAGUGCCUGGAGCCACACUCGGUGCAGCUGGUGCUAAGCCAAAUCUUGGAGGUGCCUUUGUCCGAGAAACUCCUGCCGGUACUGCAGGCCGCGCUGGGGCGGCAGGAGGUGCUGCCCCCUGAGCUCUUGGAUCUCCUGGUCCUGACCCUGUGCCAGCAGGCUCCGGCCUUCGCCACCUCGCUCAGCUUCGCCAGGCUGGUGACGGCCGUGCUCGCGGUGUGUCAGAGCCAGGUCACCCCAGCUCAGCGGAGCAGCCUGGCUGCUGUCCUGGACCGCAGCAACGCGGCGCUGAAGAAAUCGCUGCGGGCUGUGCUGGAAGGGGCCAGGUGAGCACCAAAAGGAAUCGUGACGUGACGGGUUCCUUGCGUGGAGGACACUCACUGCACAGCAGCAGCCACAGCCACCCCUCACUGGGUUCCUUCUGGUGAGGUGGGACCCUGUGAGCCCAGGGCCUCCAGCAGCACCUGGUGUGAGCGGGGCUCUUGCUGGGCAGUGCCAUCCCAGCCUCCCACGCUCUCUGGGGCUCAGAGGGGUUUUGGUUGAACAAUUAAUGUGUUUCCAGACGUUUCUGUAUCCGUUCUGCCUCGGGGCUGCCGCGCUCAGCGAGGUGACCUGGCCCUCCCGUGAUGGGGCAGGCAGGACACAGCCCAUGGAGGAGCUUCUGAGUUCUUACUGCCCAAAACACAUCACUAAACCAGGACAGACAGUGAUUUGAGGCUGCAUGAAGUUGAUAAUUCUGGACUUGUUCACUACCUUGGUUUUACCUCCCCUCAUUCCAAGGCACCAGCUCCUUGCACAUCCACAUUCCUCCCCAACAGCCAAGCUGGUUUUGGAGUGGUGCAGGCUGAGCUGCUGCUUUGUGUGUCUGAUCUGCUGGGAUUUACACAUCUCUGGGUGCAGGACAGUGGGAUUUAGCUGAAUUCAGCUGGAAAAUUUUGGGUGUCCUGCUUUAAAUCCACCUUUCUUUCCUGUUUGCCUGGCCUGUGAGGGGCCCUGCUGUGUGUGGCACAUUUCUGGUGACGGUGACACUACUCAUUGCCCUAACAGAAAGCGUUUGUGUGGCAUGACUCUGCUCAAAGCUCCGUCCUGUAUUCUUGAAAGUACCCACUGGAAACCUCAUCCAGGCACCUCCUGCUCUGAGAACUGGGAUGAAAAGGUUGGCAGAGAGUGGAGACUCAGGGAGGUUUCAAUGGAGGUUUUGAAGCAUUGCAUACUUCAGGAGCUAUUUAAAAAUCCCUAAACAUCUACAAAGGGAGAAGGAGAAUUACAAUGUGCAGCUGUGACGUGCGACUGCUCCAGCUUUGCUCAUUAAUGUUUAGAUCCCAGCCAGAGGAAGGAGACUCUGAAGCAUUAGGUGACGCUCUUAAGCCUGAGAGCGCAGAUUUCUUUAUGUAAGAAUCUCUUAAGCUAUUUUAGGUGACAGUGCACUGAUGAGGCUUCAAAGUCUGCAUUAGCUGGAGGAUGGAAACCUCCAGGGAGGCAGAUUGUUGAUGUGUUUGCAUUCCAGUGAGCUAUGGCCGAGUAGAGUGAAGCUAUUGUAGGGCUGCCCAAAAUACGACAUAAAUAGAAAUUGUGCCACGAUCAUCAAGGUCUAAGCCUGCUCUUCUGGCUUUAUUAGGUAGCAGGCUCUGAUCUUUGCAGUUUCCCUGCAGAGCUUCUACCAAGUGACCUCGGUGUCGUUGUCCCCAGUGCUCCGUCUGCCUGUGGCUGUCGGUCACAUGGAGAUGGCCACUGGCUUGUGGCAAGAGCCUUCCUAGCCCUGGUUUUGCUCUUGGCUGCAGCUUCUCGUGUGCUGUGGGUUCCUCUGAGGUGUGCAUGCAGAUAACAGUCACCUAAGGACAGCUGGGGGCAAACCCUGGGGACGCUGCACGUGCUGGUGGAAGACUGCUUGUUUCUGUGGAGGUUGGCAGCACCUGCACAGAAAACUUUACUUUUGACUCCUCUUUGACCCCUUCAAGAACUUUAAAAUCCAUCCUGAGCAGCGCAGGGAGGUGGAUGCAGCAGAAAACAUCAGUCAGAUUUUAUAGUUCAGCAGAACCUUGGCCAAGGGCUGUGGGGGUGCCAGGACUGGCUCUGUCCUUGUCCUGAUUUAAGAGCGGUGAUGGUGAAGGGAAUGGUCUGAAGCUUUAUCUGUGACCUUUCCUAGGCUGGAGGGAGAAGGCAGCGUGUGGUUUUCAGCCAGUUUACUUGUGAUACUUGGCAGUGGCUCCCUGUCUUGCUUCCUCUUCUUUUUGUAGAGUUUUACUUCACGUUACAGAGGGGAAUUCCCUUUUUGGUCGAGUAGUUCUUGGGGUUUUUUUCGAAGGAAAUUCAUCAUACGCAGUUGCAUGGGUUGUCUGUCCACUCUGCUGCUUCUUCACCCUCCACAGGGAUUUUUGAGCCAGUUUCGUGACAAGAUGGUUCCUCCACUCCCCAGGUGCCUUUGUGGUGCUGGUGAGGCAGCAGAGAACCUCUCUGGGGUGAGCAGGGGCGUGGAUGUUAAACACCAGACACCAGAGGCGUGCGGGAGCCUCGGGCCAGGCAGCACCUUCUUGGAAAGGGCAGAAACUCGGUGGCUUUCCUGAAAAUGGCCUGCAUCCAUCCCCCAAGGGGCUGCCCCUCUCCAAACAGGAGCUCCAGGUUCUGUGUCCCCUCUUGCGGCAGUGCCAGGGGUCGCCCCCCUUCUCCCUGGAGGUAACUGUGUCCAGAGACACCUGCUAAUCUCCUGGGUAAUCCCCAACGUGCUGAUGCAGUUCUGCCUGGAAACCUGGGGGCUGUGACACCCAAGUGUGAGGCUGAACUGCUCUAGGGGGAGGCUCAGCAAUAUUUAUUUUUUUCACUUAGGAUUUAAAACGGAAUAAAAAGA